CUCUUCCCCUUCGCUUCUCGCCUCCUCGAGCCCGUCCGUCCCCAAUUUCCCCUUCGCUUUCUCGCUUCCCGCUCGGCCCCCCCACCGGAACCCGCUGAUUCGCCGCUCGCCGGAACCCUAGCCCUAGCUGAGGAGCCGCCCAUGGCCGCCGCGAUCGUGGGCUGAGGCGGUGCUGCUCCUCUUAUGGGAUGAGGAGACCGUGCGGAGGCGUGGGGAUGGACCCUACUGGCCUGAAGGAGGAGGUGAGGGCGGCGGAGGAGGGGGAGGUGAGCGAGGUGGCGAGGGCGGCUGCGGCGGCGGCGAUGGCGAUGGCGGCGCCGAGGUGCCGGGUGGUGCGGAUCAUCGUGCACGACGAGGACGCCACCGACUCGUCCUCCAGCGAGGACGAGGAUGAGGAGGAGGGGGAGGAGGAGGAGGCGGGGAGGAGCGUGAAGCGCAGCCGCGUGCUGCUCCAGAUCGGCGGCGGCGGCGGGCAGGAGGAGGCGGAGGACGACGCCGCGGAGGGGGUGCGGUUCCGGGGCGUGCGGCGGCGGCCGUGGGGCCGGUUCGCGGCGGAGAUCCGCGACCCGCAGCGCGGCCGCCGCCUGUGGCUCGGCACCUUCGACACCGCCGAGGAGGCCGCCGCGGCGUACGACGCCGCCCGCCUCCGCAUCCGCGGGCCGGGCGCCCCCACCAACCCGCCGCCCGCCGCCGACAGCGACCCGCUCCCUCCGCCCGCCGCGCGCAUCCGCAUCCGCGGGCCGGGCGCCUCCACCAACCCGCUGCCCGCCGCCGACAGCGACCCGCUCCCUCCUCCGCCCGCGGCGGCUCCCCUGCCCCCGCGCCCUCCGCCGCCCGCGGCGCCCCUGCCCCCUCGCCCGCCGCCUCCGCCACGCCUACCUCAGCGGGAGGAGCAGCCGAAGCUACCGCCGCCACCUCUGCUCCCGCCGAAGAAGCAGUACCUGCCGCCGCCGCCGCCGCCUCUGCUCCCGCCGAAGAAGCGGCUGCCCUCCCCGCCUCCGCUUCCGGAGAUCGGGAAGCAGGUCGGCGCGGCCUCCUCAGCCUCCCCGCCUGCGCCGCCGCCGUUCACGCCGCUGCCACUGUGGGCGCUUCUGUCCGGGAAGCGCAAGAAGCGGUCGGGCUGCGGCGGGCGCGUCCCCGCCCUCCGCACCCCACCUGCCGAGGAGGCCAGCCGCGCCUGAGCCGCCCACCUCUCCGGCCAUCCCCCGCCGCUCUCUUCCUCCUCGGUACCAAUCUGAAUCUCUUACUAGUACCAGCUCCUCCUCGCGUCGUGAUUGCAAUCGAUGCUAAUGUCGACAAUCUCUGUAACUCCUCUGAUUCAUGAACUGAUGAUGAUGAUGUACAUAUGCUGCUGCUGCUACUGCUGCUGAAGUUGCAGCUGAUCUGAUCUGUAAAAUUUGCUGAACCCUUUGAUGUGUUAUAAAUAAUAUGCGUUGACAUUUUUUUCCUGAUC